CAAAUCAUCAAUGGCCAGGAACCUUUAGCAGACACACUCUAUUGCUCCCACCCACAGACAUUUUACAGAAGCCAAAAGUUCCUUUUUCAUUUUACAGUCAAACAGCGGGCCUUGUUUAUUUCAUUUUAUUUGACACAGUUGAAGGCCUUUGAGAGUAGCUAAGUUCAUAAGAGUGUGCUAUACAAUAAGAGAGAGAGAGACAUUUUUUGGGCUUCGUUGAGUGAGAGGAAAUUUUGAAACAUUGUGCAAUGGUGCCGCAAAAGUUUUGAAAGGUUGUGAGAGUGUUUUGCCAGCAAAGUGUCUGAGAGCCGGUCCGUUGGAGAAGAGGUCUCCAUGUUGCAUCCAUACAGAAUGGAGAGCUACCUCAUCCCACCUCACUCAGAAGAAAUGUACGAUCCUGAGAUCUACAGACAACAAAUUGCAGAAUAUUAUAAUAAUCCGUAUGUCCUAGAUUCAGAUAUCCAGGCAGAUCACUGGGACUAUCACCCUCACCCUCACGUACACCCUGUAGAGUUUGAAAACCUCCAAGAGGCCAACUUCACAGAGCUGCAGAGUGUGCAGGCUCUCCACCCGCCCGGCCUCAUACGACACGAGCCCAUACGAUACGAUGCAGAAAAUCUGCUUGAUCCAAAUCUCGGGGCACAUCAACAUGUGUUACAGCAACCAGUAGCGUUCUUCUCCCGCACUGUGUACCCAACACACAUGUCCCAACGCAGCUCUGAUGAUGAGGAACACGGAGGGCGAAGUCCCCCGCUGGAGGUGUCUGAUGAGGAAAUUCUGAGAGAUCGAGUCCCUUAUGUUACACCAGGAGAUCUGGGCAAUAAAAAGAAGAUCCGCUUGUACCAGUUCCUGUUGGACCUUUUAAGAAAUGGCGAUAUGAAGGACAGUAUCUGGUGGGUGGACAGAGACAAAGGGACAUUUCAGUUUUCUUCCAAACACAAGGAGGCUCUUGCACAUCGCUGGGGAAUCCAGAAGGGAAACCGUAAAAAAAUGACCUACCAGAAGAUGGCUCGUGCAUUGCGCAACUAUGGCAAAACUGGAGAGGUGAAAAAGAUAAAGAAGAAGCUGACCUACCAGUUCAGUGACGAGGUGCUGGGGAAGAGUCAUCCGGAGAGAAAAUCAUAUGUGUAGGCAGGAAGGAUACUGAAAUGUCAAGUGUUGGCAGUGGAGGUGUCGUUUCUGCUGAUGCUUUACCAACCUUACUGAUCUGGUAAAUAGCAUUUUUUGUGAAUACAAAUAUUACCAUAUUACUGUAGAGUGAGAUCAAUCUUUUGAUGAUACUAGCUAAUGCAGCAUUAAAGAAACAAGAGACACAAUCCCUGAAAACAAAUGUCUGAAUGUCUGGAUAAUUUGCAAAUGUGUACAGAGAUUUGUGAAUGGGUACUCUGAUUUAAAAAAGGUUAUACGUCUCCUCUGUUUGUCCCUUUUGGCUGCCUCAGAUUUGCCCUGAGAAAUGUAAAAUCUGCUCUGUAAAACCUGCCCACUAUGAGGUAGGUGGUGGCGAGCUGCUUUUUAAUGCAGCAAUUUUGCCGUGGUGACCAAAGUUGUUUACUGCGAGUCAUGUGAUGGUAAAGAGAAUGCAGAAAAGAAAAUAACAACAGCAGUAAAGCUAUAAAGAAUACUCACACACAUAUAAACACAUCAAAUCAUUAGGUCAAACACACUUCAAUUGCCAGUUUAUUUAGUACAAAGAGUUAAAACUAGAACAGUCUAAUAAAUUCAGUCUAAUUUAUCAGUGAGCACAGGCACCGAUCACGUGGGUGCACCCACCAUAAAGGCUGACCACCCAUAUGUGUAGGUAUUUUUUGCUUAGUUAUGUAUUGCUAUUGGUUGUACAAUGUUAUGUUUUGGUGUAGCCUGUCUGCGGUUUGUGUCUACAUCCGACAGACAACAGUAUCCUACAUCGCAGUAAUUACAAAAGCAAGCGCAGUAAAAGUGAUUUUGUGUCGAUCAUCACCUCUCUGGUAUUCACUUAAUUUGGACACCCAUGGGCAAAAACAUGAAUCCGCGCCUUUGUCAAUGAGGGUAGAGAUUGUACAAUGCAAUUCAGUUCAACAGCACAAACUACAUCAUCCAAAAUUAACAUUAUUUUGAACAUUUAUUGUUUUUUUUAUUCCUUUUAAUUAUGUUUAUGUUAGUACAUGAAUGUAUAAAUAUGUAUGUAUAUACGGAUAGUUAUAGAUAUACAAACUUUGUUUAGCUGCAACUGUAUUGGUACUUACCUUAUUGUUUAUGUAUGUGCUGUAUAAAGGAAAAAGCAAAAAUGUUAAUAAUUGUGUCAAGAUGUUUAAAAAACAGGAAAUGUAUCAUUGUUAUGUAUUGACACAAUAAAGUAUAUAAAAAUAACAUAAAGCUGAAUCAACACCUCUCAAAAACAGUUUCAACAUGGAGGUAUGUUUUAUUGCAGGACUGCUGUAUUAGACUGCUUUAGUUUUAGGUGGGUGUACCUAAUAAAUUGGCCACUGAAAGCAGCUGGCCUCAGCAAGAGAAAAACAUAAAUACUUUCAUUGAAAUGAAUUGGUCAUAUCCUUUAGAAUACCUCAUCUGAAGUUUGAUGUAUACAAGGUGCUAAUCUGUUAAUGCAUGCAGAGCAGCUUUAAAACAGCAAUGCUUGUGUAAACUCAAUAAGAUCAUAUUAUUGUAUUAGAAUAUAAUACAGCUAAUAAUUAGAUCAACAUUUUACAAAUCAGGACAUUAGACACCAGUUUUCAAAUCUAUUUGAUGUUAAAUGUUAAUCAAAUAAUAUUUUGGGGAAGUACAUAAACUGGCUUUACCAAGAUGAGAAGAUGCCGGUCGGUACAGUAAAUAUGCAGCCAUUGCCAGCAGGGGUUUUAUCUUAGCUUAGCAUUAAGACUGGAAGUCAGCCAGGCUCCAAAUGUAAACCUAAAUGUAAAGACCAGGGUUGGUGGUUUAACUGUUGGACUGCUUCUUGUCUGGGAGCAUUGAGUUCCCGCACUCUUGCUGUCACUGUGAGGUUCCAGUACACCAUCUUCUCAUUUAACUCCUGACAUGAAAGUGAAUAACUGUACUUCCCAAAGUGUGUCCAACUAUUCCUUUAAUAAUUGAUUAUAAGUGAUACAGUCAAAAGGCAAAAGGGGAAAGAGAGAGGUGAUGUUGCAGUUACAUGGCAUUCAUCUUAGACCCUGGGUCACUGAAACAGCUAGUACGCUAUGCAUUUUUUAAAUGUGGGCGCACACACACAUAUGAAUGCAUAUUUUAUUUGGAAAUGUCUUAUUACACAUUUUCAAUGUUAAAGUCCAAACAUGUAACAACAAUAUGCCCUGCUAUGAAAUGUCACAGUAGGCCCUGGCCUUCUUCCUACUAUGUUUGAAUCUCUAUGGACGUGCUUAAGUUCUCUUCUAAUUGUGUGUAUAUAUAUAUCAAGAUUAUUUACAUGACAAGAAAUUAUUUCUUUUACAAAUAGAUGAAACUGUGUAUGUUAUGGUCAAUAAUUGU